ACGAGCGAGUGGGCCGAGGGAGUCGCGAGUUAGAAACGAAAGCGUGUAGAUGUGUCAGAGAUCUCUUCAUCCGUCGUUCUUUUGUGUUAAUCAUUUUUUGUAUCAGAUAUUUAACAUUAAACGAGUUAAACAAAAUUAAACAAAAUCACGAGAUAAUAUAUAAAAGAACGAUGACCGUCGUCAUCAUUCUUUUAUAAUAACAUCUUUAUAAUAAAUAUUAAAAUACUACAUAUAUGCAAUUGAUUAUGUGAAACGCAGCAAUAUCUGCUAAAAGUGUCAAAUAUUGGCGAAGCAUUAUCGUUUGCUCCGACAUAACAAGCAGCUAUAAGAAUGGACUUAAUUUCUUUGAUAUUGUGCGCCUUGUUUGUUGUUUUAAUAAUCCCCGCAAUUAUAUCGACAAUAUAUCAUCAAUACAUCCUUCGACAAAAUUUGAAAAAUAUUCCUCAAAUCGGAAGAUUUCCUUUUGGCGUAAUAUUUGAAAUAUUAAAGCUGACGGACCAUGAACGCGUAUUCUGGUAUGCGCAACGUAUGAUUGAUUUUAAAGAUGGAAUUUUCAUAUAUUGGAUUGGCAUGAAACCGCUUAUUAGUAUUUUUAAACCUGAAAUUUUGGAGAUUAUUUUUCCCAGCACUGUAAAUAUCGAAAAAGGAUUUCCCUAUGAAUUGUUGGAGCCUUGGUUAGGCAAAGGACUUCUAACUUCUACAGGAAAACAGUGGAACCAUGAUAGAAAAUUAAUUGGGCCAACGUUCCAUUUCGGUAUAUUGAAUCAAUUUGCUGUAAUUAUGUCCGAAAAAGCAGAGAUCUUGACAAAAUGUCUCGAGAGGGAAAUAGCAAAAAACCCAGAAAAAGCUAUUAAUAUUUUUCCGUUUGCUGCCAAUGUUGCUCUCGACAUUAUAUGUGAAACGGCAAUGGGUGUGGAUGUACAUGCUCAAGAAAGUGAAACCAAAUACACCACAUCAAUACAUAGAACAUCUAAAUUAAUGCUUGAUCGAUUUAUUCAACCGUGGUAUUGGAUGGAUUGGUUGUACAACAUGGUACCUUCAGGAAAGGAACAUAAUUCACUGCUUAAUACAAUACAUACGUUUACGAAAGAGGUGAUACGUAAGAAAAAGAUCGCACGACAAUCAGGAAAUGAUUCUCCCAAAUCGGAAAACGAGGAUGACGAACUUGAUAUAGGUAAGCGAAAGGGCAAAGCUUUUUUGGAUCUGUUACUAGAUCAGAAUGAGAAGACCGACAUGCCGUUAACUGAUGAUGAAUUGAGAGCACAAGUCGACACAUUUAUGUUCGAAGGUCACGACACAACUGCAGUUGCGAUAACCUGGACACUCUUUCUUUUGGGCAAUAAUCUCGAGCAUCAAGAAAAACUUCAUGAAGAACUCGAGGAAGUUUUCAAAGAUUCGAAGACACCAGCCAGCGUAAAAGAAUUGUCGCAAUUAAAAUAUCUCGAUAGGGUCAUAAAAGAAACGCUCAGAAUAUUCCCAAGUGUACCCAUAAUCACAAGAAAAUUAGCAGAAGAUGUAAAAAUAGAUGAUUAUACACUCCCGAAAGAUACUACAGUCCUAUUGGAAAUCGCAUUAACGCAUAAAAAUCCGCAAGUUUGGACAGAUCCAAAAAAGUUCGAUCCAGAUCGCUUUCUUCCGGAAAAUUCAAAACAUAGGAAUCCAUAUGCCUACAUUCCAUUCAGCGCUGGACCAAGAAACUGUAUCGGCCAGAGAUUUGCUUUGCUCGAAGAGAAAACGAUAUUAACAGCUAUUUUGAGAAAAUGGAGAGUGAAAAGUGUAAAAACAACAGAAACAGUUCAAUAUGGGCUAAAUAUUAUUUACCAACCAUGCGAAGAGAUAUUCAUCCAUUUCACGCCGAAAAAAUGAUCAAUUUAUCGUACUGUGUACUCUAUAUACUUUUAUGUAUACCUUGAAAUAUGUAUAUGGUAACUAAUAUGUAUAUGGUAAAUAUAUAUAUGGUAACAUUUUGUUGGAUGCCGUCACAAAGAACGACAUAACGGAUUAUAAAUACUGAAAUUGGGAUUUGGUAUAUAAUAAUAAAAUUUUAUCUAUACUUGCAUUAAAGACAAGCAUUUUAUGUGA